AUGGGUUUUGUGUUUGGUGCUAAUGGUAUUGAUGAGAAAUUGGAGAAGAAGCUAGAGCACUUACCGUCCAUGGUUGCUGGUUGGAGUGAAGAGGGUACUCUGCAGCUCGAGGCAACUACUCAGUUUAGGAAGUUGCUAUCAAUUGAGCGCAGCCCUCCAAUUGAGGAAGUUAUUCAAUCUGGUGUUGUUCCUCGCUUUGUGGAGUUUCUAAUGAAGGAGAACUUUCAUCAACUUCAGUUCGAGGCAGCUUGGGCUCUCACAAACAUUGCGUCUGGGACUUCUGAGAACACAAAGGUGGUUAUUGAACAUGGUGCUGUUCCUAUCUUUGUCAAAUUACUGAGUUCUCCAAGUGAUGAUGUUCGUGAACACGCUGUUUGGGCGUUGGGAAAUGUUGCUGGUAAUUCUCCAAAAUGUCGGGAUCUGGUACUUGGCAGUGGAGCUCUGAUUCCAUUGUUAUCGCAGUUGAAUGAGCAUGCAAAGCUCUCUAUGUUGAGAAAUGCUACUUGGACAUUGUCAAACUUUUGCAGGGGCAAGCCACAGCCUCCUUUUGAUGAGGUUAAGCCAGCACUUCCAGCUCUAGCUCGUGUGAUUCACUCAAAUGAUGAAGAAGUCUUGACUGAUGCGUGUUGGGUUCUUUCAUACCUUUCUGAUGGUACUAAUGACAAAAUUCAAGCCGUUAUUGAGUCUGGAGUAUGCCCCAGGCUUGUUGAACUUCUGCUUCAUCCAUCUCCAUCCAUUACAGAUUUUAUAAUCACAAUGCUGGACCAGGUG